AUGACUCCCAAGAGGAAGGAGAAGAGGUCAAUCAAGAGAUUGAGGAGAGUGAGCAUGAGAGCAAUGAGAAUGUGCCCAUGGAAGAGGAGGAGUCAGAGGAAGAAGAGAGAUGAUGCUCUCUUCUCCAUGGACUUUGUGGAGACCAAGUACCCACAUGAUGACACAAUGAGGCUCUUGGGAUCUUUGAGGAUGUGGAGUUGGUCCUCAAGAACAUGCGCUUGGCCAAGUUCUUCUCUUACCGCAUGGAGUCUACAAGGAGCUCACUUUUGGAGAUCUUUUGGGUUCACUAUGGAGAGGGAACCAUUGGGAUAUCAAGGAAGAAGAGCUCCAAAGGUUUGGGCUACAAUCGCUGAUGGAGUAUACUCUUCCUCAAGGUCCAAGGCAGCUCAGAUCAGGAGCCCAGUGUUGAGAUAUGUGCACAAGGCUCUGCCAACACCUUCUUUGCAAGGAAAGCACUGGGACAAUCAAUGA